GCAGGAGCUUGACUGUGAGCUGGUCAUCUGACUCUUCCUGUUGGGAGAGAAAAAAGUUUUGAAACCCCACCCUCUCCUCUGAGUGUAAGCACAGACGUAGAAGUGGUUCGAGGUCCUGACGAGUGAAGAGAAGAGACCGAGGAAGAGGAAUAUGAUCACAAGUUCUCAUGGAGUUACUGCGCUGUUUGGAUACCGACGGUAACAAAAUAAAGUGCGUGUUUCUCUGUGGAAACUGUUUGGAUAGCUCUUCCUGUUGCAAACUCGUCCUUUCACUGCGUUGUUUUUUUUUAAAGUUGUAAAUCCCAGCUCGUAAGUAUGGAGUCUCACGCGGUAAGGGAUGCGGGAUUUCCUGCGGGAGCGCCGCAAAGUUGCGUGCAGACGCAGUUAUUGGAGGUUUGGGCUCAAUAAUGCGAGCUGCUCAGCCCUGAAAGUUGUCGUAAAACACUGGUUGGCUGGACUGAAUGCUCCUUUUCCUGCUAUUCUUCUCCACUUCUCAGCGCUUCCUGCUUGUGCUGGCCACUGCUCUUAAUGGCUAAAAAUACAUAAAAACUCCAAAUGGACAGCUGAACGUUGUGGGAACUUUUGCUAUAUGUUGUGAAAAUUAUACAGCAAAAGUUGUGGACGACUUUUAUUUUUUUUUGUUCUUUCACUCUGACUGACUCAACAGGUGGCAGUUUUUGAAUGAGGGAGAGGAAAAGCUCAUUUUCCCUUAAUGAGAGGAUUCAGGAGCCUCUUAAAUACAAGCUGGUGGAAUGAUGCUUUGGGAAACCACAUCACAUGAACAGAGAGAAAUUCAGUGAAAGCUGAGCUGAGCUUUUACACUUUUUAUGGAAUUAAAGAAAUCUCUUGACUGAUCAAGCUUUUGCAUUUCAUGUCAAGACGGAUGAAAGACACUUGCCUUUCGCUCAUCUUUCAAUCCUCUCCUGAAGCCCACUUGUUGGUCGAGCUUUUGAACACAUUUCACUGGUCCCUGAUGAACCAACAAGAAAGACAGGAAAGGGAGCGAGGCGCAAUAAAGUACUCCUUUGUACUUUAUUUUCAAACCCUUUGGGUCCAGAAUCAGAUCCAGUCAAAACAUCUACUCGAGGCUCCAUGGAGCCGCUGAAGAACAUAUUCAGUCGAGGCCCGCUGUCCAACUGGAAAAAUUUGGAUCAAUCACAAAAAGGGAACUUCACCAACCCUGUGUGGACGGCCUUGUUCGACUACGAGGCGUCCUGUAAAGAUGAGCUCACCUUGCGUAAAGGUGACCUUGUUGAAGUCCUGUCUCUGGACUCGGAGAUAUCAGGGGACGAAGGCUGGUGGGCGGGCAAGGUCAACAACAAGGUGGGAAUAUUCCCCUCAAACUAUGGCUCCUUCAAGCCCAAUGGAUAUGGGAAGCUUCCGGGUACUGCCGUGGAUGGCGAGCUCAGCCCGGUCGUGGUUGGCGAGUUUGAACCUGACGCGGUGGAUUUCCGGGAGCUGAGUUUGGAGGAGGUCAUCGGGGUCGGGGGAUUUGGAAAGGUGUAUCGUGGUACAUGGAGAGGCGGGUUGGUGGCUGUGAAGGCCGCCCGCCAAGACCCCGAUGAGGACAUCAGUGUGACGGCGGAAAACGUCAGACAGGAGGCGCGUUUGUUCGCCAUGCUCACCCAUCCCAACAUCAUCGCCCUGAUGGGCGUCUGCCUGCAGGAACCCAACCUGUGCCUCAUCAUGGAGUACGCCUCGGGGGGGCCGCUGAGCCGGGCGCUGGCUGGACGCCGCAUCCCGCCGCACAUCCUGGUAAACUGGGCCGUGCAGAUAGCCAAAGGGAUGCUGUACCUGCACUGCGAGGCCAUCGUCCCCGUCAUCCAUCGAGAUCUCAAGUCCAACAACAUCCUCCUGGCUCAGCCCAUAGAGAAUGAAUGCAUGGAGGGCUUGACGUUGAAGAUCACCGACUUCGGCCUGGCCCGAGAGUGGCACAAGACCACCAAGAUGAGCACCGCCGGCACCUACGCCUGGAUGGCCCCCGAGGUCAUCAAGUCCUCCACCUUCUCCAAGGGCAGCGACGUCUGGAGCUACGGUGUUCUGCUGUGGGAGCUGCUCACAGGAGAGGCCCCCUACAAAGGGAUUGAUGGACUGGCCGUCGCCUACGGAGUCGCCGUCAACAAGCUCACCCUGCCCAUCCCCUCCACCUGCCCCCAACCCUUCGCUCAGCUCAUGGCAGAGUGCUGGGACCAGGACCCCCACCGCAGACCCAACUUUAGCUCCAUCCUGUCCCAGCUGAUGGCUCUGGAGCAGCAGGUGAAGGAAGAGAUGCCGCAGGACUCCUUCCACUCGCUGCAGGAGGACUGGAAGCUGGAGAUUCAGGACAUGUUCGAUGAGCUGAGGGCUAAAGAGAAGGAGCUGAGGUGUCGCGAGGAGGAGCUGAAGCGAGCGGCCCUCGAGCAGAAGUCCCACGAAGAGUUCCUGCGUCAGCGCGAACAGCAGCUGGCCCAGUGGGAGCAGGACGUGUUCGAGCGCGAGCUCAGCCUCCUCAUCCAGCACCUGAACCAGAACCAGGAUAAGCCCAACGUCAAGAAGAGGAAGGGGACGUUCAAGAAGCACAAGCUCAAGGGCAAGAACGGGGAGAAGAUCAGCAUGCCCCAAGAUUUCAUCCAUAAGAUUACCGUGCAGGCGUCACCGGGCCUGGAGAAGAGGCGGAACUCUCCUGAUUUGGGCUCGGGCUCCUCACCCUCCUUUGGCCCACGUUUCCGUGCAAUCCAACUCAGUCCCAGUGACAACAGCAGGACGUUUGGUCUGAGCUCAGCUUCUUCCCUUAAACAAGCCAAUGGAGACCUGAGGUUGGGCCCCCACUGGAGGCCCCAGAGCCCAAAAAGUCCCAAAAGCCCGAAAGUCCUGCGUCUAAGUCCCCAGGAAAGCAGUUUGUCGAUGAGGGCGAAGCUCCUGGAGUCGGACAGCAACGAGAACGGGGAAUCUAAAGACGACUUUGAGGAGUACAGGCCCUCCACGCCGACCCCUCCCUCCACUCUGAACGGCUCUUCAGUGAAGGACAGCCUGCGGCUUCCUCUACCUCAGCGAGACUCUGGCAGCGAGGAGGGGGGGUCCUCCCCGGCCGGCUCCCCCAGGCCUGAGAGGGGCUCAAUGGGUGGCCUUUUUAAGAGCACCCACCAGGCCCUGCUGGGUGGCGGCUCCCUCCUGGCCUCUGUAGGACUCGGUCGCUGCCUGGAUAUUCCCCCACGGGUACCCCCAAGAACUAACCCCUCCUCCCUAGGGGACCGCACCCCUUCUGAACCGGAGAUCUCCUCCCCAAAGCCCCUCAUUUCUGACCCCCCAGUAGUGGAUGAUCUCAUCACCUUCUCCACCUCCGAGCAGCUCCCGAGGCCGCUCUUGGAUUUAGCUUUGCAGUAUCAAGAACUGAAGCCUCUCCCCCUGACCCCGCCUCCGCCAAACCCCAGAGAGAGGAGUCGCCCCCGCACGCCGCAGAUGCCGCACAGUCCCCAGGCCCCCAGGACGCCCCUGCAGCAGGGCGGAGCCAGCCCGGGGGAGUGGACCCCGAGUUUCCAUUCGACAAACGGGGAGCUGGGCUGUGAGGCCUGGGAGCACAGAGCCGACCGGAGGAGGAGGCCAAGCCAAGGCCUGCACGCCUCGCAGCUCGUUUUGGACCUUCCUUUGUGCCAAGACACACAGGACCCUGAUGACAAGCCUUCAGUGCCAUUCUGUCUCCACCCUAACCCAGCCCUCUGGAGCCCAAAAACCCGCCGCCUGGAGGUCAGUGUCAUCCCACGUCCCCGCCCGUCCGCCAUCCGCCCCCGCAUCGAUCCCUGGAGCUUCAUCUCAGCCGGUGGCGGGAACUCUGGCGGCCGCAGCCCGAACCGCUCGGACAGCAGCCUCUUAGGUUUCCAGCCGUCCCCUACCAAUCCCUUCCACAACUGUGACCCCUUCCCCUCACCAGACUGCGACCCCUUCGCCCUCAAGGCCGACCCGACAGUCGGCUCGGAAACGACUUCCCCCUUUGACCCUUUCUCGACUCCCUUUCCCACCUCUCGUUCUGCGCCGUGCUCCACUAACGGCUCGCCCACGCUGCCCACGUUCCGCAUAGCGCCCCUAAAUCCGGCUGACUCGCCGCUCAUCGACCUGGGCUGGGCGGCCUGCAGCAAACCCCUGGACGGCACCAAAGAGAGGGUUCACCCCCGCAGGACACUGGGGCUCAAACCCUUCAAGUCCCCGACGCAACUCAGAGACGACCGGUUCUAAGUGUGUGGUUUUUAUCACAGGAACACAGUCCAGGACCUCUUCCACUACUUUGCCCUUCAUCUAAAUGAGGAUCUUAACCAUCACUCAACCCACUGAGGGGGAGGGGGGGGGGGAUUCUCUUAAUCAUUGAAGGUCCUGUUUGUUCCCACCCUGCUGCUUUGGAAAGCCGGUUGAAGGUGGUACAUUGGAUGGUGGGAUAUCUGCCUUUGAACCAAUAGCUGGUGCCCGUUUCUUUCCCCCUCUCUCUAUCUGUGUUUCUCUUUCCCUUUGAAGGAGCAGAACACACAUCACUCGUCCCAUCUUCAAAUUCUAUCAGAGCGCUCGCAUCCCCCCUGCUUUCACCCCCCCCCCCCACCUUUGAAGCUUUGCGACAAUGCAGAGGUGGAUAAGGCGACUUGCACAGCUUCAUCUCCCUCUACCUCUCUGCAGACUGAAAGUCUUCAGGACAAUGGAAAGUGGGAGUGCCUUAUUUCAUGAAGUGUUUUUUUUUUUUAACAUAUAUCUUUUCAAGGUUCCUUGAAUGGUUAAUCUGGUGCGUAGGGAAGAUGCUCCAAAUUUGGCAUACAUUUGAAGAAUCAGCUUAACAUUUCGUGGGAAGGAAAGGAUGCCUAUAGCGUGCAUUUGUACACCUACGUCUUUUUCCAACAGCAUUAUGGGAGAAAGCACUCAAGAGGGGAGAUAUUCCAGGCGGGUUCAUGAAUUCCAAGUCAAAAAACCAUGACCCAGGCAUUCCACUUGGAAGCAGAUAACAUUCCGGUCACAUUCCCCGGGAAAUGCCAGGGAUUGGGCAGAUCAUGGAGCUGGCAGGCGACGCAGCGCAGGAAACACGGACGGGGGAGCCCUCUGCAUUCCCUUCUCAUGCCAAAGAAUGUGACAGCGUAAGGGCCGGGACAAAGAGUGUUUGCAAAUCAUUUGUUUUUUUUACCUCCAUGGAGAGCCAGACCGGGGUGUGUUAGCCUGCACACAGAGAGAGAGCCGAGAUAAUCACAGAGUAGUAUUUAAAAAACAACUUGAUUAUACCUUUCUGUCGUUAUCUUCCUUUAUAUCAUCCAGAGCCUCUUACCACCACCUCUCUGAUGUGGUGGGAAAAGUAUUUGCAAAUGUUAAAAUAUUCUGAUAUGGAAGCUUAACAUGUAGAGGAGUUGUGAAGUUGUCGCCUUGCAAAGCCAGCCUUUCCAUUUUGCAACGUCUUGGACAAGAGGAUGGACAAAUACACACCACUCAAUCCCUUAUUCCAAUUCUUAAAAACAUGAAAGAUGUUGAGGUUUGAUCUUGAUUUCUCUUAAAAUGAUACACCAAUGAAAUGUCUAAAAAGAGUCCAAAAUCUUGUUUAAUGUUAUCCUGCGGGGCACAUCAUAAAGGAGUGGGUUUUUUAUGUUUUAUUGAUGGGGGAGUUGGCUAAAAAGGUUAUACCAGUCAGCUGCAGGUAAUCUACAUACACACAGUUUAGUCUCUCAGUUUCCAUGUUUUUGUGCUAUAAAUGAUCCAUCUGAGGAGUUGACGAUAUGAACAUAUUGUCACAUAUUCAGUCUCAAUCUGGGCUUGUGAAGUGAAGGCUGUCUUUGCAAGACGAGGAACUGCAUCGCUCCUGAACUCAUUUUUUAUCUUUUGGUUUGUCUGUUUGCAAAAAGAAUCCAUCCUGAACCAUUUUAAAGUUGCUAAAAACAUCUGUGGAGUCACGCAGGGAAAGGUAACCCAUUAGAAACUCUGAAAUAUCACACUAUCAGCAGUCUCAGAUCAGAAUGCACAAGAACAACAAGUGAAAAUAUUUUUGUUAGCGCUUCCUAAAUGUUGGAUUGUUUUGCUCUUUACUCGUUGGUUUUUCAAAAUGAAUCCUGGGAAAUGUAUGACUUUAAGGCACGUCAAAGACUGGCUGUUCAGCAUGUAGUUAACACAAAUAUUUGUUGCAUGUUAGCACCUGAAAGAGACCCACUAAUGCAUGUCUCAAAUGUACCCGUUUACCCUCGUUUCUGCUGAAGCGUCACUGAUUGGGUUAAUCUCUGACGCCAUGUCAUUGGAAGACAAUAACGGCUUUGUUUCCGACGUGGAGUGAAAGCUUCGUCUCUGAAGGGGAGAGCUUUGUGAUUAGCCUAAUAAUCCUAAAGACGCACAGAGCAGGCUGAUAGCGAUAAUUAGCCUCUUGAUAAGAGCAGGGAGCAUUAACAAAGCGUUCGGAUAUUUGGUUAAUUGAUUUGCCCGGGCGUUCAGGAGGAAAAAAAAAUAAUUAAAGCCUUUUUUAUACACACAGUUUAAGACAAGAUGUCUUCCCGCUCUCUCUUCUACCUUUAUUUUUUUCUUUGUUGCCACGAGCUGCUGAGCUUCUGACCGGAUGAAAUCUCACCUUCCUCUACGUCCUUCCCCCUCAGGUGACGUGGGAGAUUUUCGAUCUUUCUGUCCUUUUCUUUUUUUCUUCUUCCUCCUACACCUUUGCUUCCUGCCUCUCUGGAAAGUUUUCUUCAGGGCAGUUCUGUCCUGACACCGCAGAGCAUUCAGUUCAACAUCAAGGUUUCUAUCGAGUUAAAAAGAAAUGGAAACAGCUCUGCAGGAGCCGAUUUAUAGAGGCAAUUUAACUUUUGAAUUGCAACAGGAGCUUUAUUGUAUAUUUCCGCUGCACCCUAAUGUGUCUGUUUAUCAUUUAUUGGACCGCCAAGAAAUACAACAAAGAAACUCGGUGGUUGAAAAUGUCUCAAAGUGUACAGUGUGUCGUCCAACCACGUGUAACAUGUUCAUAGCUGGUCUGAGUAGAAGAUAGAGUGACAAACAAAGGAACCAGGAAGUGCUCUGAGCUUACACAGCUUCAUGGUCUGUUCAUUUCUGCAAAUGGCCCAAAAACAAACAUAUACAGUAGUUCCAAAACAUUAAAAUCUCUCCAUAUUUAAAUCUUCAGGUCCUUCAUUUUUUUAAUACACUAAUAGCAAAAUUAAUAGUUGUUUUAUUUGUCAUAAUGCAUCGGUGCUACAGGGGUUUGGGUCGCGGGGCAUGAGGAAAAAGUAAUGUGCCUCCUCUUUUGAAACUAUCCAGGAGAUCUGUUUAAUUUAGUCAGACUUUCUUACAGUAAUACUACAUUCACACAUGCACAAAACCCCUGAAAAUGUCCAGAAAUUUCGGGAUAAGCUGAAUGUGUGAGGACGAACAAGCCACAUUUUCCACCCUGAUUUGUUUUCUGCAAGCCCCCUAGUAAAACUUUGGGAGAAGUCGGGGUUUAGCGAUGUGUAAUCAGGUAAACUAUCAUUGUGCGGCGAUCGCAGGGAAUAACAUCACCACCCCCUCUUCAGGUGAAUUCUCCUCAUUAUAUCCUGCUGUGUUCUCACAUCAGCUCACUCGGACUCUGCGGCAAAAAUACUUCAGACUCCGGAUGAAGUCAGGGUAAAGAAUUCAGCUGUUUCACACAUAGAGCUUCUGAAAACUUCAGUGGUUUUGUGCAAGUGUGAAAGCACUUAAAGAGUCAGACCUGUUGCUAGUUUCACCAUCUUAUUUGUGCUUUUUUUUGUCAUGGGUUGCCAAGUGAGACAUCUCCCCCCAUCCAACAGGGGAACUUUGUGCUGUGAGAGACAUGUAUGAACAAGCAUCUCGGGCAGAAUUACAUUUUAAAGACAUUUUCAGGCGUGCGUGUGUGAAAACAGCUUUAGAUCCAUUUUGAAACAGGUUAGCACAAAGAUAGGAGCAAGCAUACAGGCCAGUAAAUAUUGUCCCCUGAUCCCCUCUGGCCCAAUCCAACCUCUCGCCUGCCAUGUCUUGGCUCCGAGCGCUCUGGAUCUUCCUUCAUGGUGUGCAGAAGUCAGAGGUUUAAUAUAGAAUUUGUCUCUCUCAGCAGUGUUCCCUACCUCCUCCCCUCGCUCUCCUGUCCGCUCAAACAACAUUUUCCCCCGACGUGACAAGUGAUGAGUUAUUGCCCCGUCUCCUCGUGUCAACACACAAAGCCACGAGAGCUCUCCUCUGAUAGUCAUUAGGGCUCAGAUAGCUGUUAUUGUCAUCUGGAGCUGCGCGUGGAGAAAAGGAAACACGGAGGAAAUUGAGAUGAUUGAAACGUCUGGCAGAUUAUUUCUGUCACCCAAUUCUGAGAGCGUGUCAAGCAUCCACUUCAGCCUGCCAGUCAUGUCUCGUCUGUUUUGUUGCGCUCGCUUCUGCACUUAAAUUUUGAUCAUGAAAAGUGUUACCUGUUGUUUUCAAGCAGGCGGCAGUAACAAGAAGUCACCGUCCCCUGUACAUAUGAUUAACUCAUUUCCUAUUGUCGGCGUGUGAGUUCAUUUCCUUUUGGAAGUGGUUCAUUUGAAGUGAUGAGAAACUUUCCUGCUGCAAAGAAACAACAAAUAUAUGCAUGUUCUUUAAGAUUUAGAAUUUCCCUCGGAUUCAAUAAAGUAUCAAUCUAUCUAUCUAUCUAUCUAUCUAAGAUAAAUACAAACAAGUCAUAAAAAGCGUCCUACCUCUGCUCUUAAGAUGGAUCUGAAUCAGAAGGAGUUCUGGUUUUCUUAGCCGGGGGAAUACUCUGGACACAUUUUAAGGAAGUCUUUUGCGGACAGGGACGUCGAUUCUUUUGGUUUUGGCCUGUCAGAUUUAGGAACCAUAACUGCCACUCCUCUGCUGCAGCUGACAGCAAUAAGAAAGUCCUGAUGAGUUGUUUGUGACGCUCAGCUCUUCCAGGCGUCGCCUCCAUCCGUCACUGCGAAUCAGUGUCCCCUGGGUAAAAAAAAAACUGACAGCAAGAAUGGGAGUGAAUCCUCAGCAGGAGAAUAUCUGGCCACCUGCGAUCCACUCUCCGUCCAGGCCAGCAGGCUCCAUCUGAUGAUCUACAUUCAGAGAUGGAGCUCGCAAACGUUGGCCCCUAAUCAGUGAAUGGCAAACGGUCAAUACCUUACAUGAAUAACAGCUAAUGAGUCGGCACAGUGGACGACCCAAAGGCCUUGACCCUCAUCACACCGAGAGGCUCCUUGUGAGCGCUCGUUGUGUUUCAGAAUUUCAAGGGUGAAAAAUCAGAAGCUAUUAUCAACGAGAAGAAGAAAAAAAGAACAAGCUGGUUAUUUACUGCCUUUGUGAUGGGUGAGCAGGAGGUCAUCGGGGUUAUACGCCUUCUGGAAGCUUAAUUUGGCUUUGUUAACAGUGGAUAUGUUUACAUGCAGACAAAUGAUACAAUUGACCCUCAUUUAGCCAUUGAUUCCACUGUAGCUGUAGUUGUAUAAAUGUCAAAGAAGAGUAGGAGUACAAGAAGAAUAUUUAACCAGAUUCUGGAAAUAAUCCCAUCUCUAAACUUUCUUUGGCCUAACAUUAGAGUCUAAAAUCUGUAAAGUCUGCAAGACCCUAAUAAUUCCAAUUUAUUCCAUGUCAAAAGCAGCAUGAUGGCGUUUCAAUUUGGUUUUAUGAAGUCUAAAGUCGGACCAGCUGUGGUGAAAACCUAUCAAACAAUUCAAAAUAUAACUGAGAGCGUCAACUGAUGUGCACGGAGAGGGGGUCAUUUUGGCAAUAAUAAACCACAUGGGGGGGGGGGGGGGGGGGGGGGGUGUUAAGGGAUGGCUUUAGCUUUCGCUGUACAAUGUCAGCUUUAUGGCGUGGCUAAUUACUGCUCCAACAUAAUCAUGUUUGAUCGCCUCCAGGAGACGAUUGGACGAGGGUGAAGAGAAAAACUCAGACUGAGCACGUUGUUGUUGGUAUUUUUUUAUUAAUGAAAUCGUACCUUGACCAUCAGCGAUGGAAGUCAAUCCUGAAAUGACAGAAUCGAUGGCCUGACAUUUCAGCAGCUUUCGCGCCAUUUAUCCCUCGCUGCCAUCACUUGUGUUCAAUUAAGUGCAGGUUACAAAUAGACCUGCUUAUCAGGCUCGUUUCAGCUGCAUCAGAGCCAGACGUCGGCGCCACGGACGCAUGAUUGCUCUCUCUCUCUCUGGCUCGUAUUAAACACCCAAACACCUGCCCAUGCUUUUGUUUGGCAUCAACAGGCCGAGACUAAAUGAUCAAAUGUGACCUUUCAUUGACUGUACAGGAAUCGCACAUCCCAAAAGGGAACGUGGACAAAAGCCACGUCUGCACGAGGCGCCGCCAGGUGCCCGAAUUAACGCUCGGCCUCCCAAAGUGUGAAUAUUAUUCCUCAUUCUUUUCAGUCUGUGCGUCCAAGGUCACCAUCUGCCGUCCUCCUUCGCCGUAUCGAUGAAAAACUGAAUGCUUGGAAGCCGUGAAAAGAAAACCAAUCCGUUUCCAAGACCACAGUGACGGCUCAAAGAGGAGGCUGGCGCUCUGUUUAGAAAACCAACGUGGAUUUAAUCUGUGAGGUCUUUAGUCCAAGGUCCACACACUCGCUCCCCCCCAUCCUCCACUCGACAGCUCAACAGUUGUGAUUAUCGCUCUUGUGUUGCCCCGGCUAUUGACAUUCAAUUACCUUGUGAUCGUCCUGCAAUGGAAGCCGCUCAAUCUGGAAGUUUGUGUUGCUCGAGUGUUGGAUGAAUGUGCUGCGGUGUGAAUGGUUGAGCUAACAGCGUUCAUGCAUCAAACAGACAAAAGGGGAAUCAUGUCGUCUCGUCACUAUUAUUUACAGAUAAAGGAAAUUAAUGAUAUUUUCCGGCAUUUUUCUCAUUCUUAGGGUUCAUCAGCUUGUUCUUAUAAAGCAUCAGUCUGACUAGAAAGUAAACCUUGAAGCCUGUUGAUGUAGUCACUACUCAGAGAAACAUUCACUCCACUUAUCACAAUGAUUUGGUAUUUUUUUCAUCCACUUUACAUCCUUUCUGUGCCUUAAGAAUCCCCGGAAGAUGUUUAUUUUUGUGUGUGUGUGUGUGUAUUCCCAAACAAAUCAAUUAUUUUGACCAACACUGUCCAGUUUCCUGUAAGAUACCCCCCUAAGCUAACCCCGUCUGAGCUAGCUUAGCCAUUUCCCUCUCCAAGCAAUUUAAAAAAUGACUAGCUACUAACCCCUUUGGAUUGAUUUCUUGAUGCUGUCUUGUAGUUGAAUCUUUUUUUGUAUCAUUGAAAUACACUGAUGUUGUAUAAAGAUCGCAUAAGUUCACUUUACUACUUCACAAGGUAAAUGAAAUGGGUGCCUAUGUGUUGGGCUCAUAACUAAAAUAGAAAAAUUGUUAAUUUGCAUGUGUUGCAGCUCAGCUGGACAGAAUCAUGGCUCAAAUUUUCAUUUCAAAGUUAAUCAAAUAAAAACUAGCCGUGCUCUUCUGUUUAGACCACUCAAUGCUUCAACAGAGAAUUCAAUCAAUUUGCUUUAAAACAGCCAUUUAAAAUUAAAAUUAAAAUUUUUACAUUAAAAUGUGAAGAACAGAACAUGAAAGGUGUUUCAAUUAAGUCAGCAGCUUUACUCUUAAGGCUUUCAAUGUUCACUAAUGUUGUCCAAUUGUUCAUUAAAGUGAUGAACGAAUGAACUAAGCGUCUAAAAUGUCAACGUUCCCAUUGUGUAGACAUCCAGAACAUGUAGUGUGCCGCUCCCGGAUCAGGGCUAAGUCGCUCCUGACACUUAACCUGAUAAAAGUCUUCUAAGGCUCGGAUAUAAUUCAGGCUUUUGACUUCAGCUUGAGGGGUAUUUAACAGCAGGUGGUCUCUUUCAGGUGCUAAUGCUCCAGCUUAAAUAACCCGAACUCUAAAUGAUCCACGGAGGCAAUUUAAAAUGGUUUGGGAUGGUACAAAUCCCCAUGACUCGCUGGUCGCUGCUCUGUGCUGUAACAGGCUUUUCCCUCCGACGGCUUCCAAGCAGCCAACUGAGGACGUUUUCCAAAAGUCAUACAAAAGGUUGGGGGGGGGGGGGGGGGAUAUUUAUGAAUGGCCAUCGUCUUACACACUGGAUCAAACUAUUUUUAGAUGGCCAUGGACGCAGUCUACCUUAGGAUGAUGGAUCGUUUGCUUGGAACAUUUUAUAGGUUUUCACUGGAGUAUUUAAGAUGUAAAUAUGGGUGCUUCAUGUGCGGCAGAGAUUUCACAUUCCACCUCCUCAAUUUGAACGAAUCUGAACCGUACACAUUCCUCUAUCAGCCCGAGUAUUAGUGUGUCGCACUUUUCUAGAGAACUUCUCAGAAAAACACUUGAAAACCAAGUUAGUGGUAUACAUUCCAGGAAACACCAAUCUCAAAGUUCAGUCUAAUGUCCUCUUGAGGCACCCAUACUGAUUUUUUUAUGUGCAUAAAACUGCUAGAUAGAAUCAAGGUGUUUUUUUUUAUGUCUCUACCUUAAAGUAGUGGAUGAAUUCGACCUCCUCUCUGUCUUUGUAUCUUUUUUUGCUUUUGUUGUCAUCGUUCCGAUUUCAUUUCCAUGUCUUAUUUUGUGUUUUAUUACAACCCAGGCGAUGUGAUAACGCAAUCAUUGCAUUGCCCUGGCAGCCAUUUUUACAUCUCUCUCAGUCGUCGGGCUUUGAAAAAAAAAAACAAAAAAAAAACAUUAUUGCAUUUUUUGUGAAAAAUCUCGCACUGGGCUGGGCCUAAUCAACUGUUUUUAUUGUGCUGUGUCGAGAGGACUGUUUCUGUAUACAGUAUGUGAAAAUGUUUUUAUUUCUCUUGACUAUUAUAAUGGGUUUUAACCUGUGGACAAAAAACAAAAACAAAGGAAAAAGCUGAAAAAGAGAUGAGACCAAAUAAAAUGUAACACUCCUGA